AUGGACCCAGAGGCGAGACAAGCAGCCACAUGGGAGCGGCUGCGCAACGAGGCGCGGCAGACAGACCAACUCAUUGAUCAGCAGCUUCGCAAACUGGAGGUGGUGGCACUUUUCGACGACGAGAAGAUCAUUGGCAGCGCAGCCGCCUCGCCUUUCACGAAUAAUGACCCCGACACUUCAUGCUCGGCGACCCCAGCUGUGCCGGUACUUAGUUCUAGCGCUCUGCACAGUGGCGGCUUCAGCCCACCCCCAGCGUCCACGAUGUUGUUCGAAGAUGUGGAGUCCCAGUACCGUGGCGCCGAACGCGACAUCGACGAGUCUCUCCGUCGGUUAGAGCAAACCGUGCUGAGCAUGGAGGACGCGUGCAGAGAACUGGGCCCUACCUCGACAGCCGCGCGACAUACCGAGCGCUUCCGGGGGGUGUUAGCUGAGAAGCAGCAGACGCGUCGUCGUCUUACGGCAGAGUUCCGACAGAGAAAGGAUCGCUAUGAGCUGGCUGCAUCGUGGCGGGCGGGCGAUACGCGACGGCGCAUUGCCCCUGGCGACGAUGCAGCCAGCGGCGGGGUGCGCAUCCUCAUUGACGAGCAAGCCUCUAUUCAGCACACGCUGAGCCGCGUGAAGGGUUUGCUGGAGCAGGCCGAGGACACGCGAGAUCGACUGCGCACGCAGCGUGAGCGCUUCAACGAAAUCGGUGACAAGCUGCUGCACAUUGCUGAGCGCAUUCCAUUUGUGCAGAACAUUCUCCAUCACAUCGACGUGCGAAAGCGACGUGAGAUGGUGGUGCUGGGUACCGUCAUGUCGUCUCUCAUGUUUGUAUUUGUCUUUUUCCUCUAG